AUGAUGAAACACGUUACUGGCUUCUUGACGGGAAGAAGUGCUUCGGGAUCAAUGAUUAGAACGAAUGAGAGAGUCAUUUCAUUGUUCUUCCAAAGUGGUCGUUCAUUUAACGAAAAAUUAUUAUUAUUUAGAAAUCAUUGUUCCCUUGCGGAAUAUUCAAAGAGUACCAUCAAGAAGAAAAAGACUCUUGAACCAAAAGAAAACAAAAAUCAUUUUGAAAAGAAAUCAAUUUCCGAUGAAAGUUUAAUGAUUCGUAAUGAAAUAGCUACUUUGAAUCGUAGUGAUGAGGAUUUUAAUGUUGCUUUCAAUCAACUAGAUAUUAGCAGUACGGAACAUCAUGAUAUUAGUACUUCGGAAGACUCUACUGGAACACUUCAAACCCCACCUGGACUCUAUGUGGUUGCAACUCCCAUUGGAAAUAUGCAUGAUCUCUCAGAGAGAGCCAAACACGUUUUAAAAUCUUCACAAAUUAUUGCCUGUGAGGAUACACGAACAACGAGAAAACUUCUUCAUUUUCAUUCUCUAGAAUCGAAUCCUCCUCAACAUUUAAUAAGCUUUGUAGAAAACAAGAAUGCUACUGAAAUUUAUAGCCAAUCGAGGAAGCAUUUGAAUGUUAUAUUGAAUAAGUUAACCUCUUCAAGUCAAGUGGUCUCACUUGUGAGCGAAUGUGGGUCUCCUUGUAUCAGUGAUCCAGGAUGGAUGUUAGUGAAGAGUUGCCACGAGUACGGCGUACCAGUGUAUUCAGUACCUGGACCUUCCUCCAUUGUUACAGCUCUCAUGAUUAGUGGCUUCAAUAGCAAUAGAUUCAUCUUUGAAGGUUUUUUACCAAUGAUUCCCAAAAAAAGAAGGAAAUUAUUGCAAGAAAUGAACCAAAUUCAAGGUAAUCGUUGUUUAGUAUUCUUUGAAAACCCAAACCGAAUCAAACAAACUCUUCAAGAUUGUUUGGAAAUAUUUGGACCUCAACGACAGAUUGCUUUAUGUUUCGAAUUGACGAAAUUAUUUGAGCGAGUUCAAAGAGGAAAGCUGUCAACAAUUGCGAGGGCAAUGAUGAACGAAGAUAUUAAGGGAGAAUGUACCAUUAUUAUUGCACAAGAUGAAGAAGAAAAGAAGACUUUGGAAGAUUAG